CCCCUCAUUGUCUUCAUACUCCUGCUACUCUACUUCAGGCGCGGCGAGUGCGGCGCGCCACUACUGGGUGCGAAACUAGUGUGCGCACGUGGCCUCACCGAGAAACAACGCGCCAUGUGCCACACCGCCCCCGCCGCAGUCGCCGCACUCGGCACUGGCCUCAGCAUGGCUUACGAGGAGUGCCGCGCGCAGCUCAGCGGCCAGCGGUGGAACUGCUCAGGAGUUGGAGACGACACCUACUUCGGGCACGUCAUGCCUCUCGCGACGCGGGAGGCUGCGUUCACGUACGCAAUUACGGCGGCGGGCGCCACGCAUGCUCUGAGUGCGGCCUGCGCGCGAGGUGACUUGCCCUCCUGCGGCUGCACGCACAACAGACUAUCUUCGCAGCGGCGGCGCAGCAGCAGCCCCACCACGUCGGAGCAGUUCCAGUGGGGCGGCUGCGGGGAGCUGGCCUUCGGGGGGAGGUUCGCGAGACGGUUCCUCGACGCCAGGGAACUGGAGGCCGACGCCAGAAGCGCCAUGAACUUGCACAACAACCGCGUCGGCAGGAAGACGGUGAAGGACUUGGUGCGGCGCGAGUGCAAGUGUCACGGCGUGUCGGGGUCGUGUGCGGUGCGCACGUGCUGGCGCGCGCUGCCUCAGUUCAGGGCGGUGGCGGCCGCGCUCCGGGACAAGUACCGCCGCGCGCGCCUCCACCGCGCCGCGCCCCCCGACUCCCCCGCCGCCCCCGCACGCGCCCCGCACCCCGCACUCCGCCGAUACCGUCAGAACGGCGUGGGCCGUCCGCCGCGCAAGACUGAGCUGGUGUUCCUGGCGGCGUCGCCGUCGUACUGCGAGCCCGACGCGGCCGCCGGCUCGCUCGGUACACACGGACGACACUGCAACCGGACCUCCACCGAUGAGGACGGUUGCGAGAAGCUGUGCUGCGGGCGCGGCUACAGCACGGUGCGCGUGGUGAAGCAGGUGCAGUGCCGCUGCAAGUUCCACUGGUGCUGCAACGUCACCUGCGACACCUGCCUCUCGCGCACACAGACUCACGUCUGCGAGUGACGUCACCUGCCUCGCGCGUACACAGACCCACGUCUGCGAGUGACGUCACUUGCCUCGCGCACACACAGAUCCACGUCUGCGAGUGACAUCACUCGGGCUCGACCCACGUUCGCUCCAACUCAUGUCACGUUAAGCAAAAUAAUUUGAAGUUCCCAGUUAUCCUUUAGGAAAACAGUUUAAAUACAAUUGCAGGGAUACAUUUCUAGUGAAUUUGUCACGAUGUGGUAACUGACCUGACUUUAUGCUCAUUUUAUCAUCCUCACUGGUGCCGCGCUGGCGUAUACCGUUAGCGCAGGUGAGUACGGCAUUCCAUUAUCACCCAUUGACAAACAUACUGCAUUAUAUAAAGACACUAGUAUCAAGAUUAAUAACUGUAACAGACAUAGCUGUUUUUGACGAUCACAAAAAAAUAUAUAAAACAAACUGUCUUCUGUGCAUAAUGCACAUUUUUUAUAUUAUUAUUGUAUUUUUACGUAUAUUUUAAAUACAAUCUUUUAAUGCGUCUUUACCAUGGUUCUUCGUUGGCGAAAUGACCAAUAUUUUAACAACUAGGUUUCUUAAGGACUGUACAUAAUUUUAUAUGCAGCGAAACUUGGUAAAGACGUAUAUUUUGAAAGUGACAAUAAUAAAGGAAGAUGGGAAAGAUGGAAAUGUACAU